AUGAACCGUUCUGUGUAUUUUAAGUCUAUGGAUUAACGCGUGUUAAUAUUUACUACUGUUGUUCUGCCAUAAACAUUCCUUACAAUAAUUAUUAUGUCACUUUUAGAUAGAGAAACUUGUGUUUUUUGUCGCAUAUGUGAUGGAAAGGAACAAUCAAACAUAUUAUAUCAGGAUGAAAAGUAUGUCGUCUUCCCUGACAUAAAACCAGCUGCUAAGCACCAUUUUCUGAUAGUCACGAGAGAACACAUCAGAGAUGUUAAGAGUCUGCUACCAGAUCAGAAGUCAGUCUUAGAAGAUUUGGUCAAAAUUGGAAAACAGAUUUUGGAAAAACAUGGUGCAGAUUUGCGUGAUGUGAGGUUUGGGUUCCACUGGCCUCCAUUCCACUCGAUAUCGCACCUCCACUUGCAUGUUAUCUCCCCAGCGAGCGAGAUGGGGUUCAUGUCUCGUUGCAUCUUCAGGCCCGGCUCGUGGUGGUUUGUCACUGUUUUAUGGGUGCAUCGAGAAUGAGGAUCGUUACUAGGAAAUACUUGUUUGACCGCAUGAACAGUGAAAAUUUACCUAAUUUAAAUGCAAAACUUAAUUCCUUGAAAAAUCAACUCUUAUCUUAUAAAGGCUACAGCAAUUACCAAAUUGAAUCUUUUAAAGCAAUUUUGCACAUUUCAAAUCAGAAAUAAAGAAAAGAUGGACUAAAGCUCAUAACAAAGAAGAUAUUUUUCUUAAAUACAAUCACUCUUGGCUAGAAGGGACCUUUGCGAUUCCCAUUUCCGACAGUCCGGGAAGUCGGCCAGGUCGACCGAGUAAAUCUUUUGGGGAGCUGAGCGAGAGAAGAAAAAGAAGAAAAACUGAAUAUCUUCGCUCUAACUUUGACGAGGACAUCAUGGUGCAUGCUGCUCAAGUAGAGUUAAGAAAAACUGGAAAGCGAGAUGCUUCGAAUGUACUCAAGGAAAUCGUCCGUUCGCCAACUCGCGCAACAAAAAACAAAAAGGCAUACCAUCGCACAAAGUCAUCAAAAGAUAUAAUUAUCCCUUUGACCAUCUAGGAAGCAAAUCAAAUGUUCAUCGAUGCAGACCAACACGAGAGCAAUAUGAUAUUAUAAGAAGCAUUAAUAAGAAAUUAUUUCCGUGUUACAGUCUUUUACAAAAAAAAAAAAAAGUGUUAUCCGCCACAAGAAGCAUGCACGGUAACUAGCACUAAUGCAGAAGAAGUUCAAUUGCAGCUUUUGGUCGACAUUACCGUUAGGCGAUUAUCAGAGUACGUAUCUGGAAGAACGUGAAUCCCUAAAAUUAAUCUGCAAAUGGGGCUGCGAUGGGUCCCAGCAAUCCCAGUACAAACAAAAGUUAGGCAGUGAUGCGGACAGUGAUAUGAACAUAUUCCAGAGCUGCUUCGUGCCUUUAAAAUUAGUGUGAGGAAAAAAAAAAUUAAAAGACUGUAUGGAGAAAUCCAACACCCUCUUCUCCUAGAAAAAGAAAAAGGGAGGGGCUUCUCCUUGAUUUUGUCGGCCUAUAAGAUUUAGAUUCGUCAAAGAAACUAUUGAUGUUACACAAGAAGAAAUCAAUCAUGUCAAUACUUCUAUAAACUCGCUCAUUGCAACUGAUUUAGAUUUGUGUGGCAAAAAAAUUUACCGUGAAACAUGAGUUCAUAAUGACCAAGUACUUCUGGUCAUAUCGACAAGAUUUCGCACGAAAAUAUUCUCGAGAAAACUGCAAUAGAGACAUCUUUAACCACCUACUUUUAAGUUCAGACCCAUUAGUGAGUUGUAGAAGGAGAAUAAAAAAGAGGAAGCUAAAUUCUUACCUACCUGAAACCCUAGAAAUGCUGUUGCCUGCCGAUCCAAACCCAAAGUGUUCUUCAGGAAGUGACUAAGAAAACUUGUUUUUGGAUAAUAGUGUUUGAUGAUUAUUAUUAUUAUUAUUAUUAUUAUUUGUAUUAAGUAUAACCUAGGGUUUAUAUUAACUGUAUUUUUUUAUAAUUUGUUUUUCAUCUACCUACUUUGUGACUGCAGAACAUGUUCAUCUAUCUAUCUAUUAUUCAUAGGGCCAAAACCACAUUAUAUAGUGAUUAAAAAAAGGAAUAUAU